AUGGAUAGAGAAGUUAAAAAUGGGAAUUCUUCUUCAUUCCUUUCUGUUAACAAUAACAACGAAGAGUCCCCUAGAAAGCCACAAGUUGGUGGUGGCAAUAGUGACAGAUUGAAGAGAGAUGAGUGGAGUGAAGGAGCUGUUUCAAGCCUUCUUGAAGCUUAUGAAGCUAAAUGGACACUUAGGAACCGUGCAAAACUCAAGGGACAAGAUUGGGAAGAUGUUGCAAAACAUGUCUCAUCACGUGCAAACUCGACUAAGUCUCUUAAGACGCAAACACAGUGUAAGAACAAAAUUGAGUCGAUGAAGAAAAGGUAUAGGUCGGAGUCUGCCACGGCUGAUGCUUCCUCAUGGCCGCUUUAUCCUCGUCUUGAUCUUCUACUCCGCGGAAAUGCUCCUCCUCCUCCUCCUCCUCCUUUUUCAUCGUCUCCUCAAACUUGUCACGGCCCAACUUUGAUGUUUUUAGAAUCAUCGCAGCCGCAAGAAUUGCCACAGCCUUUACCACCGGUGUCACCUCCACUGCCACCUCUACCUCAGGCUCCAACGACGGUUUUGCAACCUGAAAAACUUGUGCAAAAUUCACAUGGUUCGAAUGGUCUUGAUCGGUUGGCCAAGGAAGAUGGAGUUGCUGACAAAUUAUCUGAUCAUGAAUCGGAUAAAAAUCGCAUGGAGACAGAUAGUAGCACACCAGGGCCUUAUAGCGGACAGGAGAAAUUGAAGUCGAAAAAUUUAAAGAUGAAGAUGGGGCGAAAGACUAAGCGAAGAGGAGAAGAAAGGGAUAUAGCAGAGAGCAUUAGAUGGUUAGCAGAAGUAGUACUGAGGUCGGAACAAUCUCGAAUGGAGACUAUGAGAGAGUUAGAGAGAAUAAGAGCUGAAGCUGAUGCUAAGAGAGGAGAAAUGGAUCUUAAAAGGACUGAGAUUAUUGCAAAUACUCAACUGGAAAUUGCUAAGCUCUUUGCAGGAAUUGGAAGAGGAGUUGAUUCUUCAUUGAAGAUUGGAAGAAGUUGA